CCCGGGAGCGCCGCGGGGUCGCUGGAGCCAGCCGUAUCCUUUGUGCGGCGUUCAGACUGCGCGGCGGGGUCGAGGGACGGGAUGUUCGCUCUGCGAGGGUUUUUCUCUUCUUCCCAAACUUUGGAAACAAUGGACUGAAGGGGGAACAUGGACUGAAAGGCGCGCGGAGAAGCGAGUUGCACGCGGGAAUCAUGACUUCUGUCGCCGAAAUGAAGAAGCCACCAGUGGCUCCCAAGCCAAAGUUUGCCAUGGCAAGUAAUAAGCCAGCUCCACCUCCUAUUGCACCCAAACCCGAUGUUGUGAUUUCCAGCACUCCACAGUCAGCAAAGAAAGCCAAACCGGCAAUAGCCCCGAAACCAAAAGUCCUGAAGAGCUCACCUGUUCGAGAUGUCGGGCAGUCAGCAUCAAGGAUUACCGCCUUGAACCUGGAAGAGCAUAUGCAAGAAUUACCUGAAAGCCCUGACAACUUCAAUUGCAAAAAUGUAAGGGAUCGGAGCAGCAAUUAUAUUUUACCAGUAAUGUGUUCCUGCAAUUCUGAGUGUAUCCAUAAGCUUGAGAAUAGAGGGAAUUUGUGUGUGAAGCAGCUCGUUUUAGAGCCUCUAGAAAUGAAUGAAAACUUAGAAAACGGUAAAACUGAUGAGUCUUCUUUGACUAUAAAAACUAGGGGCAAAUGUGAUUCUCAGGACGAAAAGGUCAAGAGCCAGGGUAGAGUUGUUUUAAAAGCGAGCAUCCUCGAAGAGAAGCUCAAAGAUGUCCUAACACAGCAAACGUCACCUUUGAGUUUCCCACGGAAUCAGGGAUCCACAGGAAGCCCAGAAAUGAAUGGCGGCUGUAAUUCCAACAGGCAGUUUGGAAUUGAACUUGCAGGCUCGUCACCUUCUUUGUCCAGCUUUGAAAAGGUGUGUGAUCAUCACACUUACCACCUACAGCUUUCUAGUGAGGAAUCUCAACAUUUUGAGACUUGUCAGAAUGAUGGCGAAAAAAGCAAUAGUUCCUUUCAUUCUUCUGAACUAGAAACUCUGGAGAACGGGAAAAGGAGUACUUCGAUGUCUUCAGAUGGAGUUAGUAAGAAAUCAGAAGUCAAAGAUCGGGAUCCCUUAGAAAUUCACUUAGUACCAUGUACUCCAAAAUUUCCGACCCCCAAGCCCAGAAAGCCACGUACUGCUCGCCUAUUACGCCAGAAGUAUGUAGAUACUCCCAGUGAAAGCACUGAAGAACCAGAGAAUUCACUCAGUAGCUCUCGUCUCACUGAAGAUAGUGUGAAACACAGUCCAUUGUGUGUUCUUCAGAAUGUUCCGUGUAACCAGGAGCAGAUGGAUGUGCUGAAACCAGGAAAUAAAAGUGAAUCAAAUAUGGACUCCAGUGGUACCGAACAGGACCUUGUCGAGUCACAGAAAGCCACGUGUCAUGAAACAUCUUCCUCUGAAAAUAUGCCACCUUCUUUAGAUACAGACUCUAGUCUGAGCUCAGACAGCACGAUGACAGUAGAUGGUUCUAGUAUGUCACUGGCUGUUGACAAAGGGACCAGUUUUACAAGAUGCAGUGCUAUAUCUAUGAGCUUGCCUAAGCAACUCAAAUUAACUUGUAAUGAACAUUCGCCUACUGACUGUCAUGUGGGAGUGUCUGCUGCUCAAAGGCAAAAGGAAUCUAUAAUAAAAGAGGAAAAUUCCUCCAAAAUUAUCCCCAAAAAACCUCAACGACACAGCUUGCCUGCUGCAGGAGUGCUUAAAAAGGCUGCCUCGGAGGAGCUCGUGGAGAAAAGUUCGUAUCCCUCAAACGAAGAAACAAACUCAGAGCAGAGUCUAGAAAGAAAUUGCCUUCGGCAACUGGGUGCCCCAAAUCAUAGCAUGUCAUCCUGCCUUGAUAUGCCUAAACGGGCUUCAGAAAAGCCAGUGUGGAAAUUACCUCAUCCUAUUUUACCCUUUUCUGGGAACCCAGAGUUCUUAAAGUCUGUCACCAUUUCCUCCAGUAGCGAGUCUUCAACUGCCCUAACCAAGCCUAGAGCAAAAUCACUAUCUGCUGUGGAUAUGGAAAGGUGCACUAAGCCUUGCAAAGACACCCCAAAGAAAAGCUCUUUUAAAAAAUUGCUUAACAUGAAGCUGUCUAUCUGUUUCAUGAAGAGCGACUUUCAGAAAUUUUGGUCCAAGAGUAGCCAAUUUGGAGACACAGCCACAGGCCGAGUCUCCGCUGGGGAGCGGAAAGGCAUGGAAAGUGAUUGGCAUGGCUGGUUUGCUGGAGAGGACAAGAAAACCAAACCCAGAAAGGCCUACUCUGCAGAUAACUACAGCCUGGAAUCUCAAAAGAAGAGGAAGAAGUCUCGGGGCCAGACCAGUGUGGCAAAUGGGCCGAGAGCUGAGUCUUUGGAUGACCAAAUGCUCUCCAGGGACCCAUCAGCUCAGGCGCUUUGCAAGUCUGUUACAAGCGUCUGUGCACCGGCGUAUGAAAAUGUACGCCAUUAUGAGGAAAUACCAGAGUAUGAGAAUUUGCCAUUUAUUAUGGCUGGAAGGAAAACCCCACAGUUGGAACUGCAGAAUUCCAGCAGCGUAGAGGAUACGAAUGCAAACGUAUAUGAGGUAGAAGAGCCAUAUGAAGCCCCAGAUGGCCAGCUGCAACUUGGAGCCAGACAUCAGCAGUCCAGCAGUUCUGGAGCAUCCCAGGAGGGACACAGUGAUCUCGACCUUGGUCUUGGUGACCUUCCCUCGGAUGAGGAGGUCACCAACAGUUCCGAUGAGGAUGAUGUCAGCUCUGAGUCUAGCAAAGGAGAGCCUGACCUGCUGGAAGAUAAACAGGAUGAAAAUACUGGAAUGAAAAAUAAGGUUCAUCACAUUGCCAAGGAGAUCAUGAGCUCAGAGAAAGUGUUUGUGGAUGUGUUAAAACUUUUGCAUAUUGAUUUCCGGGAUGCAGUAGCCCAUGCUUCCAGGCAACUUGGGAAGGCCGUGAUUGAGGACCGCAUCCUAAACCAGAUUCUCUACUACCUGCCUCAGCUCUAUGAGCUCAACCGGGAUCUCCUGAAGGAACUGGAGGAAAGAAUGUUGAACUGGACUGAACAACAAAGAAUUGCUGAUAUCUUUGUAAAGAAGGGGCCGUAUCUAAAAAUGUACUCCACGUACAUCAAAGAAUUUGACAAGAACAUAGCGCUCCUGGAUGAGCAGUGCAAGAAGAACCCAGGUUUUGCUGCCGUUGUUAGAGAAUUUGAGAUGAGCCCACGCUGCGCUCACCUGGCUCUCAAGCACUACCUGCUCAAGCCGGUGCAGAGGAUCCCCCAGUACAGGCUGCUGCUGACAGAUUAUUUGAAGAAUCUCUUAGAAGACUCUGGAGACUACAGAGACACUCAAGAUGCCCUUGCUGUUGUUAUAGAAGUCGCCAACCAUGCCAAUGACACCAUGAAGCAAGGAGACAACUUUCAGAAACUUAUGCAAAUUCAGUACAGCUUAAAUGGACACCAUGAGAUAGUUCAGCCUGGGCGGGUUUUUCUCAAAGAAGGAACUCUGAUGAAGCUAUCUCGGAAAGUCAUGCAGCCCCGGAUGUUUUUCCUGUUUAAUGACGCCCUGCUGUAUACGACACCGGUGCAGUCUGGGAUGUAUAAGCUGAACAACAUGCUCUCACUGGCUGGAAUGAAGGUCAGAAAACCCACCCAAGAAGCUUAUCAGAAUGAAUUAAAAAUUGAAAGUGUAGAACGUUCCUUCAUUCUCUCAGCCAGUUCUGCCAUAGAAAGGGACGAAUGGCUGGAAGCGAUUUCCAGGUCGAUAGAGGAGUAUGCCAAGAAAAGAACCACCUUCUGUCCUAGCAGGAGUCUUGAGGAGCAGGCAGACUCAGAAAAUAAAGAAGAAGUUAGUCCCCUUGGAUCAAAGGCCCCCAUCUGGAUUCCUGAUACCAGAGCCACCAUGUGUAUGAUCUGCACCAGCGAAUUUACUCUGACCUGGAGACGACACCACUGCCGGGCCUGCGGAAAGAUUGUAUGCCAAGCUUGUUCAUCAAAUAAGUGUGGUUUAGAUUACCUGAAAAAUCAACCAGCAAGAGUAUGCGAACACUGUUUUCAAGAACUGCAGAAAUUAGAUCACCAGCACAUCCCCAAGGUUGGUUCUCCUGGAAAUCACAAAUCUCCUUCAAGUGCCCUAUCAUCAGUCCUACAUAGUAUUCCAUCAGGGAGGAAGCAGAAAAAAAUCCCAGCUGCUCUGAAAGAAGUAUCAGCAAACACAGAAGAUUCUUCUAUGAGUGGCUAUUUGUACAGAUCAAAGGGCCAUAAAAAACCUUGGAAGCAUUUGUGGUUUGUCAUAAAGAAUAAAGUAUUAUACACAUAUGCUGCGAGUGAGGAUGUGGCAGCUUUGGAGAGUCAGCCUUUGUUGGGAUUCACUGUCACUCAAGUCAAAGACGAGAAUUCAGAAUCUAAAGUAUUUCAAUUACUACACAAAAACAUGUUAUUUUAUGUAUUCAAAGCAGAUGAUGCUCACUCAGCUCAAAAGUGGAUAGAAGCAUUUCAGGAAGGCACAGUAUUGUAGCAGUAUUGAUUUCAUCUCUUCUGUGAUUCUGAAGAGGUGGACUUUUCAUCAGAAUGGAGUAAAAGCAAUUCAAAUGUUUUAUAAAAAUGAACACUGCCAAGAUAAAUCCAAUCAUAAACUCUUCAUCAGAUAGAAGAAAUUAUUUUGUUGAGUAUAAUUUUUUAAUGUUUGUUUUUUUUCAUGUAUGUUAUUUAUUUGAAAUUUGAUGUUUACUUAAUGGUCAGAAUUAUUUCUGAGCUUCACACUGAAUUCUAGUUUCUGUAAAGACCAGGAAACUUAACUUAAUACUGUAUACUGUAUUAACUGUUUGUGACACAGUCCACACUGUUUUUUCUACCUUACAUUAUAACAUUCUCACCAGUGUUAAAUCUUUGUAAGUAAAAACAAAAACAACAACAAAAAAACACAUAUCAAGGAGCAUAUUUCCAUGCGGUGCUUGGUUUAGAAAUGAUGAUUAUUAUACAACUGCUUAUGACAAAUGCAUGUCUUUGAAUCAGUAAAAUUGGAUGAAUUUUUGUAUCCUUUAAUGGGAAAAUACAUGGCCAGCUUCUACCUCAGUAACUGUGAAAUGAAAUUCCUGGUAAAUUAUCUAAAAUAUUUCACUGUUAGUACCUCUUUGGGCUUGAGUUAAUAUUACAUCAUCAAAGAAUUAUAGCAAAAGGAUAAAUCUGAAUUUUUAAAAAUACAUCUAAUUUUUUUUUAAACUGUGAGCAGGGAUGAGGAUGUUUUCAUGUGCAGAAGGCCACAGAUAAUCAACUCUUAAGGGUUUUUCAUUAAGUCUAAUCUUUUUUCAAACCUACCAGUUAAACACAGGCAGAAAUGAAUUAUUUUUUAAUAGCAAAAUAUGACAAACUUUAUAUUACAUAAUAAUCCUUUGCUAUUGUAAGAGUUUUGAGCCCAAGUCUGUGGUAAUAUUUGUAUCUAAAAAGAAUGCUACAUUUCCUGUAAUAUUGUGCUUUUAAAAGUGAACUGGAAUUAACAUCAGAAAAGCACAAAUUCUAAGCCAGUAUUAACUGAAAUUGUGUAAUAUUCAUUUUUUUAAAGAUCUUUGUAUAUUACUUUGUGAUAUGUUCUCCCUGGUAACUUAAAACAAACAAAUAAACCCUUUCUUUAACCAAUUGUCAGUGCACCUCGUUAGAAAAAAAAUUAUAUUCAUAACUCUGGUGCACUUAUUGUUUAAGGUAAACUACCUUAUAUAUAAAUUGUUGAUUAGCAGAAGAAAAAUAAAGUUAACACAAUGAUUUAAA